AACUUUUAUUAUCAAUAUCAUUUUUAAUUGCAGCAACUGUUCUUGUUGUUACACCUCUUAUUCAUGAUUUAGUGAUUCUCUCAAUCCUAUUUUUCGUUCAAGGAAUCUCUCAAGGUGUAACUGAUCUUGGUGGUACUAGUUUAAUGUUAGCAAUGUGGGGUGAUAAUGCAGCUGCUCCAUUAAAUGCUGUUCAUUUGGGUUAUGGUUUUGGAGCUGUUUUUGCUAAUGUUAUUGUUAAACCAUUUCUUGUUGAAGAUAUAACUACACCUGCAUUAAAAGAUUCGACAACAUCACCGAUAAGUCAAACAUCAAAUAUUCAAACACCAUAUUCAAUAUCAGCAGGUCUUUGCUUAUUAAUAUGUAUUGGUCAUUGUAUAUUUGCAAUACGUGAACAACGAAUUCAACGUGAAGCUCUUACAAAUCGUUCAGUAGAAUAUUCAUCUGUUUCAACAACAAUUGCUAAUGAAAAAAAAGAAAUUGAAAUUGAAACAAAAAAUGUUUCUCAAUAUUCUCCAAAAUCAUGUGGAAAAGGAUUUUUUACUUAUGGUUUAUUAAUGUCAAUUGUUUUGAUUUUUUAUAUGUUUUUUCUUAGUGGAAAUGAUCAAACAUUUGGUAAAUUCUUUUUUGCAUUUGUUAAAUCACCUGAAUUUGAAAUUUCAACAAGUGGUGCAACUUGGUAUAUGAUUCUUUAUUGGCUUUCUUAUUCAGUUGGUCGUUUAAUCUGUAUGGUAAUAACUGUAUAUAUUCCAGUUCAUCUCUGUUUAAUUGGUUUAUGGGUAUUUGGAUUAUCAGUAGCAGUUGGAUGGUAUAUAUUUGUAUGGCAAAUAACAUUAACAAGUACAUCACUUCUUAUCCUUGGUGCAUUUACUGGUCUUAUAUUUUCUCCAACAUUUCCAUUAUCAUUUGGAUUUUUAAAUCAAAGAUUAAAUACUAAUCCAUUACUUAUCGGUCUUCUUCUAUGUGGUUCAGCAUCUGGUGGAAUGUUUUUUCAAAAAAUUGGUGGUAUUGUAUUGGAUACGAAUAGAAAACAUUUUCCAACAUUAUUAAUAAUCUGUGUUAUAUUUUCAAUAAUAUUAUUUACUAUUGCAUUUAUUAUAAGUACUAUUUAUGAAAAAAAAAUCAAUUCAAACAAAAAUUUAAAUAAUACUAUUCCAAUCAAUAAACAAAAUUUACCUAUAAGUGAAGAAGAACAACAAAUGGAAAAAUAUUUAACAAAUACUGAACAAUUAUAA